ACGACUGGGCAUGUUGGAGCAGUAUUUUCUUCGUGCACGUAUUGUUUUUCCUAGGUUUCAAUCACUUAACUAAAUCGAAGUUUCGACGACGUGUCCAGAAUUACCUACGUUACGGACAUCAGUCUUCAAGUCUCGACAUCGUUGAAGUUUUUUCGCCUACUUUAGCCUAGCUUAGCUGGCAAACCACUAACAAAGCAGCAAAGCACGUCGUCAAGCGUUCUCAAAUCAAGUGAGGAAAAUGUCCGCAAAAACGACAACUGCUGCAGUAAGGGAACUUUGUGGCGUUAAAGAGGAGGCCCCACGUCACCAAGACUCGACUGUGUGCAAAAUAAUGCACGCAAAGGUUGUUCUUCGCAGACUCGAAGAUCUAUAUGUCAGCCAAGCCUAUUGUCUUGAGCACCAGGAUUCUGCAUGCGUCAAGGGGGAGGAGGAAGAGUCGCCAUACAUCAAGGAGAAGACAGACUUCGUUCACAUUCAAGGUUUCCGAAAAUAUCUUGUUUCUGAGCGUCAGGAGCCAGAAUCUCCUGGCGUUAAAGAGGAUGUUGAGCUCCCCCAAAUCAAAGAGGAGGAGGAGCCAGAGCCCUGUCAACAGAAGGAGAGAGAAGAGCAACUUCCAAUCAGAAAGGAAGAGGACGAGCUGCCAUAUGUUAAAGAGCAGGAAGGUAUCACCAGCUCGACUGUUGAGCCCUUGAAGGGUGAAGAAGAUCCGAGUGAGGCCAACAAAGGUGCGGAGCCUCCAAGCGGCAGCAGCAGCAGCUCAACAGAAGGAUUGCAAGCAGACAUUUUCAUCGCUCCAUCAAACAGUGCCACGUCCCACUCACCUUACAAUGAUGAUGUACAUAAGGAAUCUCACCAUGACGACAAACUCUUCAAAUGCUCUCAAUGUGGGAAAACCUUUGCUCAUAAAUAUACUUGUCGGAGGCAUAUGAGGAGGCACACUGGUGAGAAACCUUUUUCCUGCUCUUUUUGUCAUCAAAGAUUCAGUCUCAAGAGCGUCUUACAAAUACACGAAAGGACCCACACGGGAGAAAAACCUUUUUCCUGUACAGUUUGUGGUCAAAGAUUCAGUCGCAAGAGCGACUUACAAAGACACGAAAGAACCCACACGGGAGAAAAACCUUUUUCCUGCUCGGUUUGUGGUAAAAGAUUCGCUCGAAAGCAAUACUUGGAAAUACACACAAGAACCCACACGGGAGAAAAACCUUUUUCCUGCUUCGUUUGUGGCCAAAUGUUCACUGAGAAGGGAAGCUUAACGCAACACACACGAAUCCACACUGGAGACAAACCUUUUUCCUGCUCAGUUUGUGGUCAAGGAUUCGCACAAAAGCAAACCUUAAGAAUACAUGUAAUAACACACACGGGAGAAAAACCUUUUUCCUGCUCCGUUUGUGGUCUAAGAUAUGCUCGAAAGGAACGUUUGAAAAUACACGCAAGAACACACACAGGAGAAAAACCAUUUUCCUGCUCAGUGUGUGGCCAAAGGUUUACUGAGAAAGGAAGCGUAACAAAACACACACGAACCCACACUGAAGACAAACCUUUUUACUGCUCAGUUUGUGGUCAAGGAUUCACUCGGAAGGAUUGGAUUAAGAGACACUUGUGUGUUGGUGUGGGAAUCAGUGACCACUGAUUGUAUGCCUGUCAUCUAUGCUUGUUUUAUCAGAUUGUGCACGCAGGACGAUUGUACAGUGCUAGCCAAAAGUAUUGGCACCCCGGCAGUUCUGUCAGAUAAUGCUUAAUUUCUCCCAGAAAAUGAUUGCAUACAAGGUGAUUUUCGGCAUUUAUUCCCCUGCUGUGUCCUCCGCGACAAGCACUCCCGCUGGACGCUCGCUAACAUUGCCCUGUGUCCGGCGGGACUGCUUGCCAGGGCCGCAGUUAAUUUGGAUAACAAUUUGGUGUUGUUUAAAUUAAAAAAAAUAAAUCUGACAUAUUCACUCUGAAGUGGCCACAAUAUUUGUAUAAAUGAAUAAUCCAACGGCAUAGGUUUGGUCUCAAAGUUGGUAGGGACAAUAUAACCUUAAUCAUAACCUGCGUGUACACACUUUGCUGGGGACAGGACAUUAAUAAAACCAAUUAGAUUGGGUGAAUGGCGGUCAGGGCUACAUUUCUCUCCAAUAAGAACCCAAUUAUUUGAUCAGCUUGAUGACUGAUGCAAAAUAAAUCUGCAUUGACCUACUAACUUUCACAUUGCAAAUUUACAGUAUAACGUCAAUCUGUUAAUUUUUCUUGAAUCUAGUAUUAAUUUUCAUCUUGUUUUGAGUUGUAAAGGCUAGUUAAUAUAUUACUGCGUCAGUCUUCCACUCACGUUUAGUAAAUACAGUGGGGCAAAUAACUAGUCAACCACUAAUUGUGCAAGUUCUCCCACUUGAAAAUAUUACAGAGGCCUGUAAUUGUCAACAUGGUUCAACAUCAACCAUGAGAGACAGAAUGUGGAAAAAAAACAGAAAAUCACAUUGUUUGAUUUUUAAAGAAUCUUAUUUGCAAAUCAUGGUGGAAAAUAAGUAUUUGGUCAAUACCAAUCUCAAUACUUUGUUAUGUACCCUUUGGUGGCAAUAACGGAGGCCAAACAUUUUCUGUAACUUUUCACACACUCUUGCUGGUAUUUUGGCCCAUUCCUCCAUGCAUCCUCUAGAGCAGUGAUG